AUGGCAAGCUGGAAGAUUGCUCCUGCGAAUUUGGAGGAGAGCAAGCUCGAGUAUACACCAUUCCUGGGAAGUCGCAAGUUCUUCGCAGUCGACGAUUCUGGGUCAACGGCAGGCGCUGUGCUCCGUCAAGAACGCGCCUUCGUUGAUGCCUUCCGCGAAAGUCACAGCAACGUUGCGGAUGCCAUCUCUCUGUGGGGCUCGAAUUGCGACACUCCUGGUACCCGGUUCAACUCAGUCAACUGGACUUCUGGUCACGGCGGUACCCAACCGAGCAAGAUUCUCGGGAAUGUAGCAGCCUUGAAAACCAUCAGGAAGGCAGAUGUCUGGUUCCUACUUACAGAUGGCGAAAUCUGGGACGCAGAUGUUCACCGACUCGCAGACCUUGCUCACGAAUCCGAGGUUCUUAACGUGCCCCUUGUUUUUGUCAUUACUGGAUCGCGUGGCAGCUCUCCAGGGACAGCAAAUAUCAGUGUUGGCAUCUCAUUCUUCGCUAGCUCGCAUGAUACUUUGAUCUUGUUCAAAGAAACGCAAACCGGCAAGAUCUACGUCAUCGCAGCCAAAGGAUGCUUCACUGAACUGGGAGGCUCUGCAGCGGCACGGGAUCUGGCCAGCUGGGUCGACCUGCCUGUUUUUGAAACCGAGGUCGAGUUCUUCACGCAUUGUAAGAAGAACAACAUCAAUGUCGUCAAGUCGGAGACGCGAGAAGAAAGCACCGGUGGGGUUAGCCUAGGUUCGACAUGGGAAGGGCAGCAUGACGGUCCUGUGAGAGUCAACCUUGAGUCCCUCCUUGGAUCUGGAUUCCUUUCAGAUACUGACGCGGCGAACCUUUUGGCCGAAGAGGCCUUCGACGCUCUUGCUAUUGCUUGCAAGACCCGACGACGCAUCCCCGAGCUACGCGCAUUUUUCCAGUCACAGAAAGUAGAGCAAGUGGCUCCAAAGCUUGAGGAUCGACACGGCGCAGCAGUCAUCAUCGCCAAGAUGGCAGACGCAGCGACGAGUGACGAGGACCGUAAGCACUUACAGGUCCGGUUGCGAGAAGCUCACACUGCAAAUCGUCGCGACUACCAGAAGAGAAUCACAGACUUUGCUGGUUCAAUCACCGAACAAGCUUUGAGGAAACGGAACCAAUCUGUAGAUGCAGCCCUCAGAUCACUUGCAUCCCUGGAAGCUGCCAGCUACAAUGCAGAUAUUAUAAGUCGGAGAAGCAACCGGGCUCGGCGCGCCGAAGUCGUCAACUCUACCCCUGCAGUUGACAUGGCGAAUCUAGACUUUGAUGCACCAUCAUGCAAAGGGUACUGCCUCAUCUGCUGUGGUGACGACGAGGUUAUGUCGAUCUGCUUCAAAGAGGCUGAUCCUGAGAACAAAGAAGACAACACAAGCGACUUUGCACUCAAUUUCCCGCUAGCCGCAGGAGCCUCUUUGAAGAACGUGAACCUGGUCUCAAGUCAGAACAUUUGCUUCCAAUGCGCAAUACUUGGACCUGAGGGCAUGUCCGUUUACAAAGAGAAAUUGACAGCAAUCAUCCCUGCUGUCCAGUACGAUGGAAGUAACAAAAAAUAUAUCAACGACCAGCUUUACUCAGCAUUGACUGCAAGGUUGGCCACUGGAGCUGCAGGGAUUGCGCAGCUGUUCAUGUCCAUACUUCAGAAGGUUAUGCAGACGAAAUCCUGGGCAGGAGCCGGCAUGGAGGCUUCACAUGCAUCUGCCGAUGAGCACUUUGAAGCUGUGCAGCGACGUAAGACGUUCCAGUGGAUGCUCAGUCAGCUCAUUCACAAUACGUACACGCGUGAGACUUUCAAUGAGACUGGAGAAUGGGUCAGGUUCCCCCAAGCUUUGUCGUGGGUAGCGAACGACUUCGAGAGCAACGGACUGGCAAGCUUCGCCGUUACUUACCCUGUGGCUGGUAUCGGCAGUCUACUAGCUGUUGGCCAGUAUACAGGUGCUUUCUCGGAGGACCUUGUCAAUCGACUGAAAGCAACCAAAGAGCUGCACUCUGUCGUUUCGAAGUACCUCGCAGACCUUCACACUACCCUCCAGCAAAGGUCUGCCAGCGAGGAUAGCCACCCUCAGCACUGGAAGCAGACAUAUCUCGAAUUGAUCUACCGCGACUUCAACGGCCCUUUAGUACCUGUUGAUCGCGGCGAGGCUUCUAUCCUCGAUGAUGUCGAAAGCUUCAAGCAGCGUCUGGCUGUGUGCUUGAGACAGGGCUCUGCUCCCGGUGACCCAGGAUCAGGAAUCCAUGCGGUCAUUAUGCGCAAGAUCCAGGUCAUCCUCUUUUGGCUCGUCUUCACGCAGCGCGGCCACUGCACAGCCCAGACCUUCUUCACGCGCACGAGACAUGACCAGCAUCUCGCCCCUGCUGUCCUCGACCCCAACCUCACUGUCCCCACAUCCUCAUACCAGCAAAUCCUCCUUUCCAUAUUCGCAAGACACGACGCAGACCUUAUAGACCCCGAACAAGCAAUUUCACACAAGACAGUUAUCCCCUUCGCCAAUCCCUUUGGCGCCUCGGUCCUACGCUGCGGAUCCGCUAGCUGCGGGCAGGUCUUCUGCGAAGCCAACAACCUCCAUCCCCAAGCAAUCACAAGCGACGCCGUAGAAGCCAUCCGACGAGCGCGCACAAAGCACCUCAUCGACGUCUUCGGUAUACGCGGGCGCUUCGAACGCUCCGACACGGGACUGCCGGAGCGCGCAGCUGCCGGACAGCCGCCCUCGUCGAUCCACACAAACCUCCACAUGACCAUUGUGCGCGAGUGGACGGAGCAGACACGGGACGCGAGACGAGCCAUUGUAGGCGGUGGAGCGGCCCGUGCCGAGUUUGUCCACGGAGUGCGCAGCCGGCUUUGCCAGCAAGGGCGAGGUGACAUCUUCAGCGCCCACACAGAGAGGGAUGUCGAGGCUCUGCUUCCGAGUUUCUUCGAGGCGCUUGCGGCGGCGUUGAGGGGGGAAGGUAAGAGUGCGGACGAUGUCGCCGUCUACUGUCAUGACUUUGCGAGGAAUCGGCUGGAGCAUAAGAUUGUGUAUGAGCUGAUGGAAGGGGCGUCUCAUGGGAUCUUGCGUUGA